AUGUCUGGAUUGGAUGUCCCUGGAUCAAAGCUCUGUGAUGAGAUUUCGAACUUUAGAAAUGAAAUGACCAGAUCAUUUGCUAGCGUGGUCAGUUCUGAGGUUGUGAAAAGUGUCCAAAUCAUAAACGAUGAUGUAAAAAAAGUGCAAAAAACGUUAACCAAUGUAAUGGAAUCGAAGGAACGAGAGGCAAAUAUAGUGGUUUUUCGACUGAGUGAAGGAACGGACGACAGAAACAGGGUUUGCAAGAUAAUCAGUCAUCUGACCGGUGGUGUCUGCGGUGAAACAAACAUAAUAAAGUUGGUACGACUUGGUAAGAAAAAUGAUACGGUGGUAAGACCAAUUUUGGUAAAGUUUGAUGAUGUCAAGACAGAUGGAGAAAAACUCAACGGAGGGUUUUUUAUACAGAGUGCGAGGAGACGUAGGAAAAUGGAAAAUAGUACAUUUUCCUGCAAGGAAAGAGUCAAACUGAUGAAUGGACGACAAGGCCCUGGAUAUGAGUUAUGCAGUUUGAUCAAAUGUGGUAGUCACGGUUUUCACAGUGGUGAUGAUGAUAACAGCAAUUCUAAUGAAAAUUUCAAUCUGGGUUUGUUAAAUGUUAGAUCAAUUGCACGUAAUGUUGAUGGGAUUUAUGGACUAAUUUGUGAUGGAUUGGAUGUGUUAGUGUUGACUGAAACUUGGCAUGGCUUGCCUGGGAACAACUCUGUCAGUGCAGCUAUGCCACCGGGGUACUGUUACGUGGACUUUGUCAGGCAGCAUGAUCCUGGCCACGGUGGACUGGUCAUAUAUUUCCGCAAAGAGUUUGGUUGCAGAAAGAUAAAUUUGCCUUCAUUUGUGACGUUUGAAGUUGUCGCCAUUAAAUUAGUAAUCAAUAAAAAUCAAUUCAUUCUUCUGGGUGUAUACAGGCCUGGCUCGGCACAGAUAACCGUUUUAUUUUUUGAUGAGUUGGUGUCAGUUCUAGAGCAUAUAACGAUGUUAAAUGCAAAUAUUUUACUGAUGGGCGACUUUAAUGUGCAUAUCGAAAGGAAAGAUGAUCCAAACACCAUACGUUUAUUUGAAAUAUUUGAGGUCUUUCAACUAGUUAAUCAUGUUAACGAGUCAACGCAUUUACGAGGUGGGACAUUGGAUCUGGUUGUUAGCUCCGUUGAUUUUCCUAUUAUUAGUACUACAGUCUUACCUCAUGGAGUUUUUUCUGAUCACAGUUUUAUAACAGUUGAAACAAUAAUUGCUAAACCAUGUCGUAUCCCAACAAAAAGGUUUGUCAGAUCAUGGAAAAAUAUUGAUGAGGAUAGAUUUGUUGAAGCUGUCUUAAAUUCUCCCCUGUCUGGUUCUUGCCUCAGCAAUGAUGUUGAUGAUGAGCUAAAAAUUUUUAAUGAAGAGUUGAAGAGUAUCAUUGACAGGCUGGUACCCAAACGGUUAUAUUGCCACACGCAUUUUUAA